ACAAUAUGAUACUAUAGUAUUAUUUGUGGAUUGACCUCUUGAUCAUUAUUCAUGUGAUGUCAUAUGUGAAUGCUGAGACCAAAAUCUGGUGAUUGGAAGAUUUGCUUUUUCAUGAAGAGAAGAAGAAGAAAAGACGAGCAAAAAACAGAAGAAUAUUGAAAUUCAAUCAUGGGUUUUUCUAAAGACAAUCUGACGGGGUUUAUUUUAGCUCUGCUUUCAAGUGGAUUCAUAGGUGCCAGUUUCAUCAUCAAGAAAAAAGGCCUGAGAAGAGCUGCUGCAGCCUCUGGUGUCAGAGCUGGUAUGGGUGGGCAUGCUUACCUCUUGGAGCCCCUCUGGUGGUUUGGCAUGAUCACGAUGAUUGUUGGAGAGGUUGCCAAUUUUGUGGCUUAUGCAUUUGCCCCUGCUGUUCUUGUUACACCCCUUGGUGCAUUAAGUAUAAUUGUCAGUGCUGUAUUGGCUCACUUUAUCUUGAAGGAGAAGUUGCACAAGCUUGGGAUUUUGGGUUGUGUCAUGUGCAUUGCUGGCUCUGUCAUAAUUGUCAUUCAUGCACCACAGGAACGGUCCAUCUCAUCCAUUCAAGAAAUUGUGAAUAUGGCAACUCAACCUGCAUUCUUGCUUUACGUGGGAUCAGUGAUGGUUUUGGUGUUUAUUCUUAUCUUCUAUUUUGCACCUCAAUAUGGACACACGAAUGUGCUCAUCUUCACUGGCAUUUGUUCGCUCAUGGGUUCUCUCUCGGUUAUGAGUGUAAAAGCCCUUGGAACAGCACUGAAAUUGACAUUUGAGGGAAGGAAUCAGCUGAUCUACCUGGAAACCUGGUUUUUUAUGUUUGUUGUGGCAACUUGUGUCAUCACUCAGAUGAAUUAUCUCAACAAGGCACUUGACACCUUCAAUACUGCAAUUGUCUCUCCCAUAUAUUAUGUCCUGUUCACAACACUCACAAUUGUGGCCAGCAUUAUUAUGUUUAAGGAUUGGGAUGGUCAAAGUGCUGGUAGCAUCAUAUCAGAAAUCUGUGGUUUCAUUGUUGUUCUCUCGGGUACAAUCUUAUUGCACGUGACCAAGGAUUUUGAGAGAAGCUCUUCUUUUAGAGGAAACUACACACCUUUGUCGCCUACAUUGUCUACACGACUAUGUAGUGGAAAUGGGGAAUCACUAAAGCAUGAUGUGGAAGAAGGGCCAUCCUCUGAGGAAGUGAGUUCAAGAAGACAAGAUUUGUAUACUUGAAUGAACAUGUUUCGUGAAAGCUUGUGACAGAAGAAUGUGAAUGAAGUAUUUGCAGAUUGGUUACUUCAAGUUCACCCUCGAUGAUGUGACAAUUUGCUGAAGCUAUUGGCGUCAGGUUAUUUUUGCAGCUGUUGGAAGACAAUCAAGUUAACCUUUUGAUUCUCAACGAUUGACGGAUUGAGUGGAUGGAAAAAAACUCAAUGCUGAUUCCUUCAGAGUGUGAAACUGUUCGGUUUGUUUUUAAUCAAUGCCUCGACAAGAUUCUAGGGCUAGAUUGGAGAAGUCAGCAAGCAGAGAUCACUGCUGAGGAAUUACAUCAUCUGAAGCAUUCGUGCCGGAAACCAAUUUUUAUGGCAGCUUGUGGCAGAUGCAGAUGGUAUAGAACUUCAAUACAUUUUUAUGGUGUGUUUCGAACAAUAACAUAUGAGAAAUGAGCAGGUAUACCAUUGGUUAAUGUAUAUCAUUCUUUGAAGAAACAGUUGUUGCAUAGGAUUGUCAUUUCGCUCUCUUUAACGGUGAGAUGAAAUCUCCGCUAUUAAAUUGGUUUAUUUGAAUUCAUCUAAUUGGAGAUAGAUUGAAGUGAA